GUAGCCACCAGGGCGGCUGCGGCGGAGCGCUUUUCUGCCUGUUUUGGCCCUUCGGAGGUGCCGUAGCUGGCGGUUGGAGUCAGCUGCUCGCUUCCGGGAGGAGCCGCCGCCAGCCUGUGUGAGGGGGGCGCCGCGCGGAGCGCAGCAGGAUGUUGGUGUUAGUAUUAGGAGACCUUCACAUUCCACACCGAUGCAACAGCCUUCCAGCUAAAUUCAAAAAACUGCUGGUUCCAGGAAAGAUCCAACACAUCCUCUGCACAGGAAACCUCUGCACCAAGGACACUUAUGACUACCUCAAGACUCUGGCUGGGGAUGUUCAUGUUGUGAGAGGGGACUUUGAUGAGAACCUGAAUUACCCUGAACAGAAAGUUGUAACUGUUGGACAAUUCAAAAUUGGUCUGAUUCAUGGCCAUCAGGUUAUUCCUUGGGGUGAUAUGGCCAGCCUGGCACUGCUACAAAGGCAGUUUGAUGUGGACAUCUUAAUUUCAGGACAUACACACAAAUUUGAGGCAUUCGAACAUGAAAACAAAUUCUAUAUCAAUCCAGGAUCAGCUACAGGAGCUUAUCAUGCCUUAGAGAACAACAUCAUUCCUUCAUUCGUGCUGAUGGAUAUCCAGGCUUCUACAGUAGUUACAUAUGUUUAUCAACUAAUUGGAGAUGAUGUGAAAGUAGAAAGAAUUGAGUACAAAAAAUCUUGAAGUGUCUUUGCUUGUCUGGUAUUUUUACCAUCUCAUUCUGGAACUGCAAGUUACUGCAAUACUUGAUUGCUAGUUUACAGUACUACACUUAUUUGCUAACAGCUUAACAAUGUAGCUUAUUGGUAUCAACUUCAAACCAACAAUAUGUUUGCUUAUUUUCUCUUGUAUGAUUUGAUUUGUAAAAAUAUUCCAUUAAAAUAACUGGUUUAAAUACUGUUCCUUAAUGUUGUAAUAAACUCUUUUCACUUCAUAGAAAAACUAAGCUUUAUGAACCAUUGUUGAAAAAUGCAAGUUAUACCUGCUUUUAAAGUGUCUGGCAGUACUUUUUCUUGAUAAUGCUUAACAAACAGCCUGAUGCAGAUUUGGCAAUUUAUGUCUAAAGGAUAAAUUUAGCAUAAGCCUCUUGUAACAGGCUUGAACACAUUAAAGAUUGAGGUGCUGGGAGGCAUGUUAGGUCUGCCUCAGAAUCCAUUUGAUAUUAAACUAACUUUCUCAUUCCAAAGUAAGUUGAAAGAGUAAAUGGAGUGAUAGUUUCUGAAAAGAUUACAAUCAACUCACAACAGUAGUAAUUUCACUGUAGAAAGUUUAACUUUAGGCUUUUUAUAUUCAAAGUGGUUUAAAACAACUUGUAUGCUUUACUGAAUGAUGGUCUAAUUAAAUUUGCAAUCAGUGGAGAGGGGCUUUCCUUUACAUGGCUUAUGUAUUUGUGUGUCUGACACUGUAUAUAUACACAAUUUCCUCCAUGUACAAAAAGUUUUAAAUAAUGUAAUUCUGUAUGGCACUUGUACUGCUACUGAGGACUAAAAAAUUGGUUGUUCAAGAGGACUGGAACUUCUGGCUCUCCUACUCUCAGCUGGCUGUAGGGAACUGAAUGUAUUUAACAGCUCCCACUUUUCCUGACUGCUAGUUUUCCAAUAAAAACAGUAUCUUGUCUUCUACAGAAGAUUUAGAAUUCAAAA